UAGUGGACAAUGAUAAUGCGAGCACAAAGCUCUUUGUUGUGAGUUGUGUACAAUGCGCUCUGCAGAGUUUUGAUAUUGAAGAAAGACGCCCAAAAUUAUUCCGGUAUUCCGAGUUUUUAUUUUAAAUAGAGCCGACCAGUUUCGAUAACGCAUUAGUCUCAUCGACACAUAAUUUCAAUCUGAAGACAUCUACCAACAUUUGAAGAAAAUGGAGUACUUCCGUCUUGGUGUUUUAUUGGCAUCGUUUCAAUUCAUAAUAGCUGCUGGCCAAGCUGCUGGCACGAAUAGCGUGGUGGACAAUUCAGCAAAAAAUCAACUCGAAUUUUAUGCUGCAACUCAUCCCAACGAUACAACCAUAUUGGCACAGAAUUCGUUUGGUGCUGUAUUCCCAUCGCUUACGGCUUCUCUGACUGUAGGACCUCGAGGACCUGUGCUGUUGCAAGAUUCAUUUUUGAUCGAGAAGUUGCAGCAAGGCGUUCGAGACAAAAUCGUGGAAAGAAAUGUUCAUGCUAAGGGUGCAGGAGCUUUCGGCUACUUCCAGGUGACUCAUGACAUAAGCAAAUAUACAAAAGCCGCUUUCCUACAACCGGGAAAACGAACAAAAGUUGCGGCAAGAUUUUCGGGAGCUACUGGUGAAGCAGGUAGUGCAGACACUCGCUUCGAUCCAAGAGGAUUUGCUGUCAAGUUCUACACAGAGGAAGGAAUUUACGAUUUCACUGGGAACAAUUUACCCGUUUUCAUGGUUCGUGAGCCGAUGAUUGCACACGACAUAACGAAGGCUCGCAGGAGAAAUCCACAAACCCAUCUUCCAGAUUUGAACGCAGCGUUGGACCUGAUUUCUGAACGGCCCGAAAUGGCUAUGUUCCUGAUCUUUUUCACGUCAGACAUGGCGAAUCCAAAGUCCUAUCGAUGCAUGAAAGGCUAUGGCAUCAACACGUACAAAAUGGUCAAUGCGAAAGGCAAAGCAGUUUACGUUAAGUUGCAUUGGACACCCAAUCAGAAACAGGAAUAUUUCACCCUCGAAGAAGCCAUCAAGAUGUACACACAGCCGGACAUAUUGAUCGAAGAUCUGUACGACAGCAUUGCGAAAAAGAAUUUUCCAUCGUGGAAUUUUUCCAUUCAAGUGAUGACCUACGAACAGGCUGCAAAACAUCCGCAGAAUCCGUUCGACGCGACCAAAUUCUGGAAGACGGAAGAGUAUCCGCUGAUUCCAGUUGGUAAAAUGGUCCUGAACAAGAAUCCAGUCAAUUAUUUCGUUCAAGUCGAACAAAUCGCCUUCAGUCCUUCGAACAUGGUGCCUGGCAUCGAAGCCAGUCCUGAUCGUUUAUUGCACGCCAGAAUGUUUGCCUAUCCGGAUUCUCAACUCUACAGAUUGGGAACGAACUAUGCACAGAUACCAGUCAAUAGAUGUCCUUUCGUAACACACACUUAUCUCCGCGAUGGAUCCAUGAAUGUGGGUGACAACGGCGACAACAGUCCGAAUUACUAUCCGAACACUUUCCACGGUUACAAUGGCAACACCAAACCAUACUACAGGCAACAUGUUGAUCGCAUUAGUGGCGACGUGGAUCGAGUAGACCUAGGAGACGACGACAAUUUCUCUCUGCCGAAAUAUCAAUGGGAGAAGCACAUUGGUCCUGAAGAACGACAACGAAUGAUCAAGAAUGCGGUGGCUCUACUGAGUUUAGCAUCGAAAAGAGUACAACAAAAGGUGAUCACAAACAUACUGUUGCCAAUCAACGAAGACUUGGCGAACACUAUAAAGGCUGCGUUGAAAUUAUAGAAAAAUCGAAUCAGUGUGGAUUGUUAUUGUCUGAACCCGAAUAAAAUGUUUGUGCGAAUAAAUUUUGCUCA